AUGGGGGAGAUGGAGGAGCUGAAACAGGAGAUGGAGUCGCUCAAGAAGCAGAUCACGGAUGCGAGGAAGGCCGUGUGUGACAGCAGCCUGACCCAGGUCGCCUCCGGGGUGGAGCCGGUGAGCCGGAUCCAGAUGAGGACCCGACGCACCCUGAGGGGUCACCUGGCCAAGAUUUACGCCAUGCACUGGGGCACCGACUCACGACUGCUGGUCAGCGCAUCCCAGGAUGGAAAGCUCAUCGUCUGGGACAGUUACUCCACCAAUAAGGUCCACGCCAUCCCCCUGCGGUCCUCCUGGGUGAUGACCUGCUGCUACGCUCCGUCCGGGAACUGCGUUGCCUGCGGGGGGCUGGACAACAUGUGCUCCAUCUACAACCUCAAGACCAGGGAGGGCAACGUCAAGGUCAACCGGGAGCUGGCUGGGCACAACGGUUACCUCUCCUGUUGCCGCUUCCUCAACGAUAAUGAGAUCAUCACCAGCUCCGGCGACACCACCUGCAUCCUGUGGGACAUCGAGACGGGCAGGGAGAAGACGAUCUUCCUGGGCCACAGCGGCGAUGUGAUGAGCCUGGCCGUCUCGCCCGACUUCUCCCUCUUCAUCUCAGGGGCGUGCGACGCCACGGCCAAACUGUGGGACAUCCGGCAGGCCCAGUGUCGGCAGACCUUCCUGGGGCACGAGUCCGACAUCAACGCCAUCUGUUUCUUCCCCAGCGGCCAGGCCAUCUGCACGGGCUCGGAUGACGCCAGCUGCCGGCUCUUCGACCUGCGGGCAGACCAGGAGCUGGCCGUCUACGCCAGUGAGGCCAUUCUGUGCGGCAUCACCUCGGUCGCCUUCUCCCGCAGCGGCCGCCUGCUCCUCGCCGGCUACGAUGACUUCAACUGCAAUGUCUGGGACACGCUGAAGGCGGAGCGCUGCGGUGUCCUGUCCGGACACGACAACCGUGUCAGCUGCCUGGGCGUUCCGGAGAACGGGAUGGCGGUGGCGACAGGGUCCUGGGACAGCUUCCUGAAGAUCUGGAACUGAAAGGGCACCGUCGUCCCGACACACUCAUCCCCCCACCUCGCACUGCACCGGAGUAGAGGAUCCAGGAAGAGGAGGAGGGGGGUUUGGCGGGGACCUCUGUAGUUGGGUGUUAGACACGCCAAUAAACCUCUAGACUUAGUGUGGUCUGUGCAAUCCUGUGUCUGUCACUGAGCAUCGAGCCCCCAUUCCCAGAUGUGACACCACCUCCCCCUACCCUGCCAUCAGACCCUUAACAGCGCUGAUGUACGGGGGGAUCUCUGGGUCUGAGUCCACAGCUCCCUGAAAGUGGCCGCACAGGUCGGUAAAGAAGGCGUACGGCAUGCUGACAUCAUCAGUCUGGGCACUGAGAUCAAGAGUCAGGAAGUCAGGCUGCAUCUGGAG